CUUUGUGUAAGAAAUGACUAACAAUCUGUAAAACAGUUGUCUAGCAAACUGGAUCAUGGAGAAGCAGCUGGACCCCUGGAAGGAUGACUUGCCUCUAAUGGCCAACACCAGCCACAUUCUUGUAAAACAUUAUACAUUGGACUUGGAUGUGGAUGUAAAAAGCCAGAGUAUUGAAGGCACCAUAGUUUUCUUCUUUGAGACGGGGAGCAGAUACAGGAACGGCCGCAGCACUGAGGAGGGCGGCUGCUGUUCACGGUUUGAUGAAACCUGCAAAACCGGCGCGUCUGAACCCGGCCACAUCCCUGUGACAAGUCUAAGUGCCGGCUCAUCUAACGCAGAAGAUUCUGAUUUUGUGGUCUCUGGUAAAGGUGGGAAAGAUACUUCUGAUAAAAAUGGUAACCAUAGCAACGGGGAACAGGCUUCUGGGAUUCCUGCUUCAAAGAACCGCUGUGACACAGAGGAUCCCGGGAGCACCGAUUUUGUGCUGGUGCUGGACUGCUGUGAUUUAUCCGUGCUGAAGGUGGAGGAGGUAGAUGUUGCUGCUGUGGCAGGCACUGAAAAAUUUACACGGUCUGCCAAGCUCAGUGAUGCCUCGGCAGAGCUGGGAGAUCUCCGGAAUCAGAUUGUACAUGGACUUGUGACUUUACCUGCGGAUCGCUGGGAGGAACAGCUGUGCUAUUACAAGCGCUGCAGCCAGGCACCUGGCUGUGGACAGCUUCCCUUCACCACUGGCCCGUGGAGCCUGGAGAUAAGGAAAUCAGGGAUUCGUGCUCCAAGAGACUUUCCUCAUGUGAUAAGAAUACGGUACAAAACCAAACCAGAGGGGCGAUCUGUUACAUGGACUACAGACCAGAGUGGCAGGCCGUGUGUUUAUACGAUGGGAUCACCAAUUAACAACAGAGCUCUUUUCCCAUGCCAAGAGCCACCCGUUGCAUUGUCAACAUGGCAAGCUACAGUCCGAACAGCUGCACAGUUUGUUGUGUUGAUGAGCGGUGAAAACUCAGCAGAACCUGUGCCACUCCAAGAAGGUGUCUUGAGCUGGUAUUACUACGUGACUAUGCCAAUGCCUGCAUCUACCUUCACUAUUGCCAUUGGGUGCUGGCAGGAAGUUAAAGAGCAGUUCUUCACUGCUGAUGUUCAGACAAAUAGUGACUUUUCCUUGCCACUUUCCCAAGCUGACUUCAGGUGGCAUGAAGAAAACUGUGGUCAUGUGGAGUAUCCCUGCCGUUUCCAAAACCCUGAAGCCAGGUUGCAAUCGGUCAUUCCGUACAGAGUCUUUACUCCCUGGUGCCUUAUGGAAAGCUGCAAGGAUCUUGUACUCCGGCUACUUCCCCAGUGCCUCUCUGCUGCUUACUCCACCCUGGGUACUCAUCCCUUCUCCAGGCUUGAUGUUUUGAUAGUCCCUUCCAACUUUUCCAGUCUGGGAAUGGCUAGCCCCCAUAUCAUCUUCCUGUCGCAGAGUGUGUUACCUGGAGGGCGACAUCUCUGCGGAGCGCGUCUCUGUCAUGAGAUUGCACAUGCCUGGUUCGGACUGGCUAUUGGUGCUCGUGACUGGACCGAGGAGUGGAUAAGUGAAGGGUUUGCCACUUACUUAGAAGAUAUAUUUUGGGCCAGGGCUCAACAGCACAGAGAAUUGAAAGCUUUACUGCGCUGGCGAAGACUCAGAGAUGAGGUGCAGAACUCUGAAGAAGAGCUACAAGUUUUACGGCCCAACAAAGAGAACACUGGAGAAGUGAGUGAAUCUGGAGCAUCUGUUGUCAAACAUGGUCUUAAAGCAGAAAAAAUCUUCAUGCAGGUUCACUAUUUGAAGGAUUUUCUUUACAUGCUGUUGGAGGACUUCCCUGAACAAAAAGGGUCUGGGCUAACCAUUAAAAGUAUCUUCCAGAAUUGGCUUGACACUUCUGGAAUACCAAAGCUUCUCCCGGACCAGCUGGUUUUACUUCUGGAGUCUCUUUUGGAAGAGAAAACGUUGGGCCCUAGAACACUGCAAUGCUUAGAGAAAACAUAUAAGCUCCGUGAACAGGACGCAGAGGUCCGACAUCGGUGGUGUGAACUUGUUAUUAAACACAAGUACGUGCCUGGAUAUGGAGAUGUUGAGAAGUUUCUCAGAGAAGAUCAGGCAAUGGGUGUGUACCUCUACGGGGAGCUGAUGGUGAACGAAGAUGCAAAACAACAGGAGCUUGCCCAUAAAUGCUUUGCUGCAGCACGAGAGCACAUGGAUGUGUCCUCCGCCAAAGUGGUAGCAGAGAUGUUAUUCUGA